CCAUUCCUAUAAAACCAAAUGUCCUUUCCACCCUCCAAUAAAUAAAAAAUAAAAUAGCACUCGUUUUGCACAAUUAUAUACUAUCAUAUCAUAUGCACCAUUUUAUUUUCUAACUAGAGCAUAAAUUCUUUGACCCUUCACAUUCCUUCUUAUGACUAUUUAUUUAUUUAUUUAUUUAUUUAUUUAUUUAUUUAUACACAUCCAAAUUAAGCUCAUUGGUUAGUUAUCAACUAAUCAUCUAUUUCACUUUUGAAAAAUGGGUUUGGUUUUGUUGUUUCCUUCUAUUGUUACACUUACAUUGUUUCUGUUGUUAUCAAUACUAAGUUCAGUCAUUGUUGAUGGUGGUGUUCCAAUUCCAACCACUCUUGAUGGACCCUUUAAGCCUGUGACAGUUCCUCUUGACAAAAGCUUCCGUGGAAAUGCUGUUGACUUACCAGAUACAGAUCCUCUUGUUCAAAGAUAUGUUGAAGGUUUUCAACCUGAACAAAUCUCUCUUUCCCUCUCUACAUCUCAUAGCUCUGUUUGGAUUUCUUGGAUUACAGGAGAGUUCCAAAUUGGGGACAAUAUAGAACCAUUAGAUCCUGAAACAGUUGGUAGCAUAGUUCAAUAUGGAAGGUUCGGAAGGUCAAUCAAUCGGCAAGCUGUAGGUUAUUCCCUUGUGUAUAGUCAGCUAUAUCCUUUUGAAGGACUUCAGAACUACACUUCUGGAAUUAUACAUCAUGUUCGUCUCACAGGAUUAAGAGCCAAUACACUAUAUCAAUAUCAAUGUGGAGAUCCAUCUUUAUCAGCAAUGAGUGAUGUUCAUUAUUUCAGGACAAUGCCAGUUUCAGGCCCAAAGAACUACCCUAGCAGAAUUGCAGUGGUCGGAGACUUAGGUCUUACAUACAAUACUACGUCCACUGUCAAUCAUAUGACAAGCAAUCAUCCUGAUCUUAUUCUAUUGGUUGGUGAUGCUAGUUAUGCUAACAUGUAUCUUACUAAUGGUACUGGUUCAGAUUGCUACUCUUGCUCAUUUUCUAAUACUCCCAUCCACGAAACAUAUCAACCGCGCUGGGAUUAUUGGGGAAGGUACCUGCAACCUCUGAUUUCUAGUGUCCCUAUAAUGGUAAUAGAAGGGAAUCAUGAGAUAGAAUCCCAAGCCGAGAACAAAACAUUUGUUGCUUAUAGUUCUCGGUUUGCAUUUCCGUCUGACGAGAGUGGAUCAUCAUCCACUCUCUAUUAUUCUUUCAAUGCUGGAGGAAUACAUUUUAUAAUGCUCGGUUCCUAUGUAUCGUACGAUAAGUCAGGGGACCAGUACAAAUGGUUGGAGAAGGAUUUGGCUUCUCUUGACAGGGAAGUAACUCCAUGGUUGGUAGCUACAUGGCAUGCACCUUGGUACAGCACUUACAAGGCACAUUAUAGAGAAGCAGAAUGUAUGAGGGUGGAGAUGGAAGACUUGCUAUAUAAAUAUGGUGUUGACAUUGUCUUCAAUGGACAUAUUCAUGCCUAUGAGAGAUCAAACCGAGUGUAUAACUACACGUUGGAUCCCUGCGGUCCUGUUCAUAUCACGGUUGGUGACGGUGGUAACCGAGAAAAGAUGGCAAUUACUCAUGCUGAUGAACCAGGAAACUGUCCAGAACCAUCAACUACACCAGAUAACUUUAUGGGCGGCUUCUGCGCCUUUAAUUUUACAUCCGGUCCAGCAGCAGGCAAGUUCUGUUGGGACCAACAGCCUGACUAUAGUGCUUUCCGCGAAAGUAGCUUCGGUCAUGGAAUUCUAGAGGUGAAGAAUGAAACUCAUGCUUUAUGGAUUUGGCAUCGCAAUCAAGACUAUUAUGGUAACACUGGUGAUGAGAUUUACAUUGUUAGGCAGCCUGAUAAGUGUCCAUCAGUGAAGCCAGAGAGGGUACAUAAAACAUGAAUAUGGAUUUUGUGUAAAAGGUUAUAUUGACCAUCAUUUCUUCAUUUUCAGAGAUAAAUAAUCCUUAGAGAAGUCUUCCCUGAAAUUUCAGGUGCCUUUUGUGCAAAUUAAGACAAAAGUUGUACUAUUAAUUUUAUUAACUUGUAAUUUUUGUUUAAUAAGGAUAUAAUACACAAAACGUAA